AUGGAAGAAUCUGUUUUUGUACUUGGGAAAUGCUGCUUGGAUUGGCCCUUCCUGCGGUUUGAAGAGAAGGAGGAGGUGUCGAGUGCAAGCCUCUCCCGAAAGAUGGAUUUGUGGGGUGGAUUUUCAUGGGGCAGCUUGCCCUCCCGACCUGGAUCACCGUUCAAGUCCCAUGAGGAGCGACUAGAGGCAGCCUCCAAUGCUGUCAGGAAGAUGGCAGUGGUCUCGCCUGAGCGCCAAGCAGGGGUUGGGCUCAUGUCUCCAAUCAGCACGCUGGCAGGACCCCUCGGUGGCGAGAUAUCCCCCAUUACUCCAGAAGGCGACAUCAUCCUCCCCUCUUACCCCAGCAGCGCUUCUGCCUUCUGGCGUUCAAGGAGCCUCUUAGGCCCUGGCAACUCUCCACAACCCCGGGGGAUCAACCAGAUGCAUGCAGCAAGCGUCCCCCCCGACUUGGGGAACGCCCUACCCUGCCCCCCUGUUAAUCUGCAAAACCACUUCUCCUCGGAACCAGGGUUUACCAUUUGGAACGAGGGCGGAGUUGCGAAGGAGAGCUUUCCCCGCCUCCAUGUUGACACAGCGCUCGUAGUGGGGGUCUCGUCUGAGGGGCUGCCAGAAGCCCCCCAAACAUUGAGCACGUCCACAGGCCUGGAGGGCCCCACGUCUCAGUGCACGACAGUCAGCCAAGACGAGUUCGAUAGGACUUUCUCUUUCGGCCCUUCCUCACGGAGCCCCUCCCCCCAGUUCCCCCUAGAUCAGCCCCCCCGUUCGGUCAGCCCCACCCUUCACGAGCCAUCAACUCAUGGCGUGCUCGAUAGGAGUGUCUCUUUUGCAGCCUGGGGGGCAGCAGCUUUCAGGGAAGGGCCGUCUGAGACUCCCCCCCCAAGCGGCCAAGAAGAGGAAGGGGAGGGGCAGAACCCCGACGGGGUGGCAACCCUGCUGGAAGAAGCAUCGCGGACCGCGAUCAAGCCGGAAGAGUCGGAGGGCGAUGGCCGGGGCCGGUCGCAAGAGGGCCUCUCGAGCGAUGAUGAGGCUGGCGUGUGGAAUGACUGCGCAGAUGAGUUUGUGGAGAGCGAAGAGGAGGGCCUUGCUCCUAGGGGGGCGCUCGCUUUUGGCGGCUGGGCCAACCGGUCGUUUGACUUGGGGGAGGCUUUGAGAAUGGAGAGGGUUCAGAGUGCUGAAGGACCGGCAGCUAGUCCUUCUGUCGCCCAACGUGUAGAGGGGAGUGAAGACGGGGGCAGAAGAUGUGAGGCAAGCAGGGUGGGGGGCUUUCACCGGAGGGCUCCGGGCAGGGACCAGGCUUUCGGCAGUUGGGAAUGCUCUACUCCAGAGUUUGGGUGCGGGGCAAGUUUCGGUGGAGAGGAAAGGGGUGUCGGUUUUGGUCAGGUGGCGACGGUCGGGGUUGCGGUGGCGCUCUUGUGCAACGAGGACGAGCUGCUGUGUGAAGAAGACGAGGAAGUUUCGGAAAGGCAGCAGGAAGGGAGUAACUCUCUGCGCGACAGCUGUACAGAGAUCAGGAGACGUGCUGAGGGGGACUUGUGGGCCAGGCAAGCUGAGAGCCUGCUGCAGAUUGGUUUGGGCUCAGGUCCUCUGGUUGGUUUAGGGAGAAAAGCGGUCUCAGAUUCCGGAUUGGAAACGAGAGGGCAGACUGACCAUAUGGACACGACGGGGGGGGCGAAGAGCGGCAGCGUCGGUGUCAAGCGCUCCGAGAGUGACGCCGAGCUGGACGCAGGUGACACCGGGGGUGUUGCGCAGAGUGCGAACGUGCGCACGCCAGAGAAGAGCCCCACGAAGCGGACGAAAGCUGUGGGGCUCGGGAUGUCGCUCGACUGCUGGCUGCCGUUCAAGCAGCUUGUCGGCGAAGCGGGUGCGAUUGCAGCAGCCCUGGAGCAGGGGGGUGGAUUGCGUGAGGUGGGGGUGAACAUGCCUGGCGAGGCAGCGGGUCGGUUAGCUGGAGAAAGGGAGGGUUUGCAGAGCGCGGGGUUGGGCAUAGUUAGCGAGGUGUGCGCUCAGAUGGGGGGAGAGAAGGGGAAGAUAUUUGGUGGGGGCUCUGACGUGACCAGUGAAGCGAGGGGUCAGUCUGUCGGGGGCAGCUCGGGGAUGGGAACUAGUGAGGAGAGCCCCACUAGGAUGGAACUAGCAGCGGAUCAUCAGAUGGAUGCUGUGGACGAGUAUGCAGACAGGGGCGCUGAAGUUACUUCACCAAGGGCGGAACGUGGCACUAAGACAGCUGUCCGCCUGAGCCUGUGGGGAAGCCCACCGGCGGCCAGUCCCAUGCUGCCAGCUGUCGCUGUGCAGGGUCUGGACGAGAGCCCCCCAGCAAAGGAACGAAAGCCGUCGAUCGACGUGCCCCCCUCUCCGUCCCCAAAACCAAGGGUUUCCAUAAUUCAAAACAACAGUGCGCGUGCGGGGGGUCCACUGAGCCCCGGAGCAAAGAACCGGCAGGCGGCGGGGCUGAAAAAGGCGCAGGGGCUGAUAGGCCAAGAGGGGCUGCAGGGGGUUCUGCCGCCGCGCAAACCGCCUCGUGCCAAGCAAUGGGCUGUGAAGAACGGGAUCAAGAGCCUGGAAACUAGAUUGGGGGAAGGUUCUCUAGGAGUCAUUCGGAAGCGGCGGGGGUUUGGGGCGCUGCAACUGUCAGCCGGGGGUGAGGCCUCGUUGCCUGGCAUGUUCUCUCCGCGAGAGAACUUUUCAGGCGGUUUGUCACCGCGGGAAGGGGCAGUGGAUCGGGAAGCGCUCAUUCGCAGCCGAGUGAGGAAGCUCACGGCAGAGGAGAAGACGGCGCGGCUUCCGCUCUACUCGCCAUGGAGAGGCGCCGCGGGGGCCUCCUCGCCGCCUGGCGGAGAUGACGUCAGUAUGCGGACCGGUGACGUCAGCGACGACGUCAGCAGGCGCCACUCGGACCCCUCAUCCAGCAAUUCCUCCAGUUCUUUCCACAUCCGUUCAAACGCUCGUCUCGUCAGGAACGCGUCUAACGCUCGAAGUAACUUUCCGGCCAGCCCCGGCAUGCCAGGUGGCGGCCCUCCGCUGUCUCCCAUGCCGGAGGACUCGGAGGGGGGGAGCGAGGGAAGCAAGCAGAGCUACAGUGGGGCGGUCGUUGGGGCGUUCGGAGGGGGGGGUGAUAUGGACUCGCCAGAGACCCCCCAGGUGCAGACGAUUCCGGAGGAGGGGGAACAGGAGUGUCCGGAGGCACCAUCCAACAGGCAGUCGAGGAUGACGCGGCAGGGCAGCCUGAUGGAGACGAAGCUGCUGAUGACGACCGCCCUCAAGCGCACGCAGUCCUUCUUCCUGUUCGACAAGCACUUCGAGUUUCUCAAGGUCAUCGGGCGCGGAUCGUAUAGCACGGUGUACCAGGCAAGGGACCGACGCAGCGGGGGGCUGUGCGCGAUCAAGAAGAGCAAGCGCGAGUUCAAGGGCCGAGACGAUAGGGAGCGGUAUCUGCACGAGAUUGAGAGCGUCGCGUGUCUUUCCGAGCACCCGAACGUGGUCAAGUACUACCGGGGCUGGCAGCAGGAGGGCCACUUCUUCAUCCAGAUGGAGCUCUGCGAGGGGGGGAACCUCAAGGACUGGACCGCCAGCCAAACGACCCCCCUGGAAGAGGACCGCAUCUGGGGUUGGGUGCGCCAGGUCGCGUCCGGCCUGCAGUACCUGCACAGCAAGUGCGUGCUCCACCUUGACAUCAAGCCCGAGAACAUCUUCCUCGAUUUGGAGGGGACGCUCAAGAUCGGCGACUUCGGGCUGGCGGUUCUGAGGCGGCAGUGGGAGUGGGAGGAGGGGGACGGCGCUUAUGUGGCACCGGAACUGCUGCGAGAGCACGAGCCGGGCCCGGAGGCCGACAUGUACAGCUUCGGCGCGAUGAUCUUUGAGUGGGCGACGGGCCGGCAGCUGCCGCGCUCCGGCCCAGAGCGGCAAGGCCAAGUGGACCUCCCCGAUCGUUCGGACGCUCUCUUGCAGCUCGUCCGGUCGCUGCUUAGCGGACGUCCGGAAUCGCGCCCGAGCGCGGAGGAGGUACUGGCGAUGGGUUUGUAA